GUUCACUGUACUGUGCAUCUCAGAUCAAACAAUUCCUGAAUGAAUCGACUUAGAAAAUUUUCUUUACUUGACACCGACGGUAGUUGAAAUCGUAUUUCCGGAAUUUUCGUAUUCACUUUUAUAACGGUUUCGGAUUCACAGGGAUUUAUAUGUGCAUUUUCGUUUUCUCUGUUGAAAGGUGAAAUUAAUAUCAUUUAUCCAUCAGUAACCAGGCAAUUACUGGUUUUUAAGCCGUUUGGGAUAAACGUACACGUCGUUCAGUGGUCCCGAAUUCUGGAUCUCCGUUUGCUAACGCGCACCAGUUCACAAUCCCUUCUUUCACAAUGUGGAGAACGGCCAGGGGCGCCUUCCUUAUAAUCUACACCGCCUUCGUUCUUUCGGCUUUCGCCGCUGAAAAGAAAGCCAAAGAAGGUGCUGAAAAUGUCGGCACAGUGAUUGGCAUUGAUCUCGGAACAACGUACUCGUGCGUCGGAGUUUUCAAAAAUGGCCGCGUGGAAAUCAUCGCCAACGAUCAAGGCAACCGCAUUACUCCCUCGUAUGUGGCCUUUACCUCGGAAGGCGAGCGUCUCGUGGGGGAUGCCGCUAAAAACCAGCUGACAUCCAACCCGGAGAACACCGUCUUUGACGUGAAGCGUCUGAUUGGUCGCGAGUGGUCGGAUCCCUCCGUGCAGGCCGACAUUAAGCACUAUCCCUUUAAAGUGGUUAACCGCAACGGCAAACCCAACGUGGAAGUGACCGUGGGUGGCAGCAAGAAGAUCUUCACUCCCGAAGAGAUCAGCGCCAUGGUGCUGGGCAAGAUGAAGGAGACCGCGGAGGCCUACCUCGGCAAGCCCGUCACACAUGCCGUCGUCACCGUGCCGGCCUACUUCAACGAUGCCCAGCGUGCGGCCACCAAGGAUGCCGGAACCAUCAGUGGACUGAAUGUGAUGCGCAUCAUCAACGAGCCGACCGCCGCUGCCAUCGCCUAUGGUCUGGACAAGAAGGGCGAAAAGAACAUCCUGGUGUUUGAUUUGGGCGGUGGCACCUUUGACGUGUCGCUGUUGACCAUUGAUAACGGAGUCUUUGAAGUCGUGGCAACCAACGGAGACACUCACUUGGGUGGUGAAGAUUUUGAUCAACGGGUUAUGGAGCAUUUCAUCAAACUGUUCAAGAAGAAGCACGACAAGGAUCUCCGCAAGGACAAUCGUGCCGUUCAGAAGCUGCGUCGUGAAGUAGAAAAAGCCAAGCGUGCCCUCAGUAGCCAGCAUCAGACCCGUAUUGAAAUUGAAUCUCUCUUCGAUGGUAUCGACUUCAGUGAGACUCUGACCCGCGCUAAAUUCGAAGAACUGAACAUGGAUCUUUUCCGAUCCACCAUGAAACCGGUGCAGAAAGUUAUGGAAGAUGCCGACAUGAAGAAGACAGACAUCCACGAAGUCGUCCUUGUCGGUGGCAGCACCCGUAUUCCCAAGGUUCAACAGCUAGUCAAAGAUUUCUUCGACGGCAAAGAGCCAUCCCGUGGCAUCAACCCCGAUGAAGCCGUCGCCUAUGGUGCCGCUGUGCAAGCUGGUGUAUUGGGUGGUGAGGAAACGGCCAGCGACAUGGUGCUCCUGGACGUCAACCUCACCCUGGGUAUUGAGACCGUCGGCGGUGUUAUGACCAAGCUGAUUCCCCGUAAUAGCGUCAUCCCCACCAAGAAAUCCCAGAUUUUCAGUACCGCCGCGGACAACCAGCCCACCGUCAGUAUCCAGGUGUUCGAAGGAGAACGUCCCAUGACCAAGGACAACCAUCAGCUGGGCAAGUUCGAUCUCUCUGGUAUUCCUCCUGCUCCUCGCGGUGUACCCCAGAUUGAAGUGACCUUUGAGAUCGAUGUGAACGGUAUUCUCCACGUGUCCGCUGAAGAUAAGGGCACCGGCAACAAGCAGAAGAUCACCAUUACUAACGAUCAGAAUCGUUUGAAUCCGGAAGAUAUUGAAAGGAUGAUCAAGGAAGCUGAACAGUUUGCCGAAGAUGAUAAGUUAGUGAAGGAACGCGUUGAGGCUAGGAAUGAACUGGAGUCGUUCGCGUAUUCAUUAAAGAACCAGAUCGGUGAUAAGGAUAAACUGGGUGGAAAAUUAGCGGAUGACGAUAAAGAGACCAUUGAGAAGGCCGUCAAUGAGAAGAUUGAAUGGUUAGAAGGUCAUCAGGAUGCCACGGCGGAAGAGUUCAAAGAGCAGAAGAAGGAGUUGGAGGGUAUUGUGCAACCGAUUACCAGUAAAUUAUACGCUGGUGCCGGCGGUGCGGGAGCCGGUGGAGCGCCCGAGGAAGAAGAAGAUGCACCAAAAGAUGAAUUAUAAAGUGCAUCGAAUGUUUUUGCCGUGUUUGUGAUUCCUUGUUCUCCAGAAAAGAAGACGCGGUGCGUUCCCGUUGCUGGAUCAAUGAUCCAUAGCGCGCUUUGUUGGCAUUUUUUGAAAAUCUUUAGGUUCUUUCUUUUUUUGUUUCUGUAACUUAUAUAAUUGUUUGUUACAUGUUUAUGUUAUUUGGGGAUUUUAUGCUCGAUGAAGAAUUGUGAACAUGUCCGAUGAUACAGCCAGUAAAUGAGAAUUUACACAA